UAAAACAAAGCUUAUCGUGCAAUCGCAAGGGAGAGGCUGGGAAACCUUCGACGUCGUUUUUUCUCUAUUACGUUUCUCUUCUUCCUGCGGGAGCAAGGGCUGGAAGAGAGAUGAAAACCCUAUGUCUAUGCGAGGCCUUAACGGGACAAUUUCCCUCGUCAUUCAGUCAUAUGAAGUUAUGGAAGCCGCCGAGCUUUGAGUUUACGUCUUCCUCGGCCUCGAAGUGGCGCUCUGGCUGUAAUUCAUUCAAGUUUUCAGUACAAAGUAUUAAACAUAUGAAGGAAGAGAUUCCGUCAUCAGGGCACAUUCACGGAGAGAAGCGUGAUAUGAAGUUUAGAUGCAUUAAAAAGUCUGAAUUUUUGAAUCUGGAGGAGAAUAAAGUUGGAUACUUGAUUGAUGAAAUUCAACAAAUCAUAGAGAGGCAUCAUAUGGUUUCAUUCCCUAAAUUUCAUGCUGGAUCAAAAAUGGCACUCCUUAUUGGUAUCCUCACUUUUCAAGCAUAUCAGCAGGCGAUUGCUGCCCCAGAAUUUAGUCACGGAUUGCCGUCUCUUUCCUUCUUUGAGGAUCUGGGUGAUAUUAAUACAGGUUUUGCUUCAGCUUUCUUGUUGAUCUUUUUUUCUGAGCUAGGUGACAAAACCUUUUUUAUUGCUGCGCUUUUAGCUGCUCGGAAUUCUGGUGGUGUUGUUUUUGCUGGUACAUUUGGAGCACUUGCGGCUAUGACUAUUGUAUCUGUAAUUCUUGGCCGCACAUUCCAUUAUGUUGAUGGCAUACUUCCAUUCAGGCUUGGUGGGACAGAUUUUCCAAUUGAUGAUUUUGCAGCUGUUUGCCUCUUGGUUUAUUUUGGUGUUACUACAUUGCUUGAUACUGCCUCUGGUGAUGAAUUGAAGAUAAAGGAGGAACAACAAGAGGCAGAGUUAGCGAUCUCAGAGUUCCGAGGCAAUGGAGCAGGACUUACUGCUGCUGCCAGUACAGUGAUUAGUACUUUCUUCCUUGUCUUUUUCGCUGAAUGGGGUGACAAAUCAUUUUUCUCUACCAUUGCACUUGCUGCUGCCGCUUCACCUCUUGGUGUAAUCGGGGGAGCUCUAGCUGGUCAUGCUUUUGCAACUUUGCUCGCAGUCUUAGGUGGCUCAUUGCUGGGAACAUAUAUCUCUGAGAAGCAUAUGCCGGCUUCAAGAACACAAGCUCAAGCCUGAUUCAUAACAAACAACAUUCUGUGUCUCAUCAUUAUUUUGGAUCUUCUCUUAAAAUACUUUAAUUUUCUUUUAUAAUAUUUUGUUACGUGA